AAGGUGAGAAGCACAAGAUUGAGGCCCACCUGAGCGUACGGCACGCCCUCAAGGUGCACGAGGGCAGGUAUCAGUGCAACCAUCGCCGCGGGAGCUACCACAUGCUGUACGUAAGGGAGACCAAGGGCGGCGAACCCACCGAGUCUGGCUAUCAAACUAUCGAUGAGCUGACGCCCAACUCGGCGGAUGAUUUUUUCACGCGGACGUGGCUAGAACAGCAGCAACAGCAGCAGCAGCCCCCGGCGCCCCACCAGCAGUCCCAUAAGCAGCACAAGUCACAUUUGGCCUAUACCAAUGCCAGUGUAUCCAGUGCCAUGCCCUGGCAUCCUUCGGCGGGAGGAGGUGGAGGUGGCAGCGGUAGUGGAAGUGGAAGUGGCAUGAUCCAUCGGGUAUAUUCGGCAACACCGCCAGACUUUCCACCACCACGCUUGAACCUGCUGGAGCACACGGUGGCACCGCCAGAGCCACCCACCAUAUUGUACAAUCAGACGCGUCAGCGUCCCACUGCCACCGCCAGUGAUAGCAUCACCACCACUGCCAUUGCCAGGGCCACCGAACCCAGCCUGUUGCUGACGACGACGGCGCACCACCACGCCCACCACCAGCAGCAGCAGCAACAGCAGCAGUCUCAGCAUACGCUGAACGCCUUCCAGCUGCCACUGCCACCGAGACCGAACCAGAAUCUUGGCCAGAGCGAGAAAUACCAGACAUAUGCCCCGCACUUUGUACCGCCCGCGGUGGGUGGUGGGCCGCCAUCCGGCAGCGGGGAACAGACCACCAUAUCGGCAGCCACCAGCACAAUAGCCAUGUCUGGUCUGGGUGCUGGUGCUGCUGGUGGUGGCUCCGUGAUGAUGGGUGCUGUUAACCACAUGAUGAUGGGUGGUGGUCAGUUGCUUCAGCCCUCCCAGACGCUCUUGCCUAUCAAACAGGAUAAGCUGGUGCCAAACUAUGACAACGUCGAGCAACAAAUGAAAUUCUACGAAAUCAGAACUCCAUUGGUGCUCAGCUGCAAUGUGAAAUCCGAAACGACCACUCCACUUAUAUGGAAAAAGAACCAUACCAAUGUGAUGGAGGUUGAUUCCCUGAAAGGUCGCUACAAAAUAAUUGAGGCCGAGAGGAAGUUCAUCAUCGAAAAAACGGAUGCAAGCGACGAUGGCACAUAUAGUUGUGAGAUUGAAGGAGAGUCCAAGACUUUCAAUGUGAUUGCCAAAGUUGCUGUACGAGUGCCUUCAAAUACAGCCGUUGUGGAGGGUGAGAAGAUGUCGAUAACCUGCGUGGUUGUGGGUACUGCACCACAAUUGUCCUGGUCUUUUGGCAACUUAACGCUGACAAACAGCACAGGCCGCUACGUCCUGAAGGAGGACAACAAUGUCCAGAACGCCAUCCUGACACUGGAGAAUGUGACAUUAGAGGACAGAGGCGAGUACAAAUGCAUUGGCCGGAAUGCGGCCAAUGAAUACGGAACGAAAAUCGAAAUCGCCACCGACGCCUCCACUGUGCGUGUUAAGGGCAAAUUUGCCGCCUUGUGGCCUUUCCUGGGCAUCUGUGCUGAGGUGCUGAUUCUCUGCGUCAUCAUUCUCAUCUACGAGAAGAGACGCAACAAGAGCGAGCUGGAGGAGAGUGACACUGAUCCUCAAGAACAGAAAAAGAAAAGGAGAAAUUAUGAUUAAAAUUCCUAAACAAAUGAAAAACAACACACCGUAUUACAUAUAAAAACGUAAAAGAUAAAAUCACUUUAAAUAUGAGCAAAGAAAUAAAAUUAAAGAAAGCGCAUUGAAACAUUAAAUAAACUGAAAAAGAAAAGAACAGUCACAGGAGAAAAAGUUGUGUAAACUUCUCACCGCCACCCUACUCACUACUCACCACACAGUACUGUACCCUCUACUGUAAUCCCCUUCGACCCAAUCCCCUCCCACCCCAUCGCCCCAGCAAAAUUGCAAAACUUUCUUUAGUGAAAUUGUAUUUUAAUAAACUAAAAAAAAAAAAAGAAAACCAAAAAAGAUUAAGGGAAAACAAACAAUUAAUAUUAACGAAAAAAAGGAACAAGAAAACUAAAAUAUUAUUAAAAUGGAAAGUGAUAGCAGUUAAACGAACACUAAAAUGGGAAUAUUGGUAAACGAUAACAGAAUAAUGGAACUUUAGCAAUUAACUAUAAAGUCGCACAUGCCACGCCCCUGUCUCCCACGCCCCCAUCUCACAACUCCCCCUAACCUAAUCUCCCCCCUGCCACUAAGAACAACUUCAAACAAAUAUUGUACAUAACCUAAAAAGUUGAACAAGCUAUACAUAAUUAAUGGGAAUUAUCCUUUCCCAGUACUGUACUGUAAACGCAGCCAAUACUCUGUCUCUCUCUCUUUCCUAGCAAAAAGGACUCUUUAUAAAGAUAUGAUUUUUAGGUAGCCAUAUUUUCAAGUUAGUUUUUAUUUCAUAUUGGAAAAGAAAAAGAAAGAAGGAAAUAUAAUAAAAAAAAAAUCGGAUCGGCGGCAGCAACUACAAUAAGAGGAUGAUGGAGAAAAUGGAGGAAAGGAUAGUGAUGGUGCAGCGCAGCAGCAGCGACAGCGGUAGCGGCAGCGGAAGCGGAAGCAGCAACAUCGCAUCUGCUAUCGAUAUUUGUUAUCGGAGAUGAUGUUAAUGGAAAUUUUGUUUAUUUAACUUAGUUAAUACGGAAUAAUGAAGAAAGAAAGAAAAACUGAAAAAAUGAACUUUUUAAACAAUUAAGUAGCGCGUUAUGAGUAUAUUUUUAAAGGAUUAAUACCACAACUAGUAGCUGAUGAACGAUGAUGAUGAUGAGUCGGAGUUGAAGUUGAAAGUGGAAGUAAAAAAGGAGCAAGAACACUGUAUAUUGCAUAAUUUAAGGAGGAAAGGACGAUAAAGAUCAGAUGCGUACUGCCAAAACUUGUAAAGUUCAGUACUAUUUGCUUAGCCUCAUUUUUGGUAAACAAAAACUAAAAAACCAAAAUCAAAACAAACAUAAACAUUAAAAAACAAAAACAAAUUGAAUACAUAAGGAGCUCUGUUUAUUGAUUUCUGUUAUUAAUUUCGGUUGUUUAUGUAUAAUGUAUGUAGUAUGUGUAUAAAAAAAAUCGAAAUGGGAAAGAAGCUCGUAACUCGUAAUCAUACACAGUAUAUAUAAUUAAUAUAUACAUAGAUAUUAUAUUUUAAUGUUUUCAUUUUAUCAUUGUCUUGAAAAACAAAACAAAAAAUCAUAAAUAUGUCGUAACUGUAAUUUUGUUUUAAAUUUGAUGUAUAUUAUUUUUUUUUAAUAUUAUUUUUUGUCAUUGUGGAAUUUUUGUUGAUUUUUUUUCGCCGCCAUCAAAGCUUUAAAUAUUUACAUAGUAAACUGUGUUCUCAGUAAAUGAUGAUGUAUUAAUAUAAUAUCAAAUUAUGUUAAAGGAUGCAAAACGAGACAAUUUGUAUAGUAAACUAAAAAUGAGAAUAAUAAACGGAACCCUUGAUAAAAAAAAAAACAACCCAAAAACUAAAAAGUUCUUGUUAUAUAUAAAUAAAAACAAAUAAACAUAUAUAUAUAUAUGAAUAUAUAUAAUUGCUAUAUAUAUAUAUUUAAAUCACGUGUGUGUGUGUGCAUGUUCGAUUACAUAGUUAUAUACAUAUACGAAAAUUAUGAGGAAAAAAAACAAAUUAUGAAGCGAGGGAAGGUUUUUGAAAAAAAAAACCUACAGAGGAGACUUUUUGGAAACCGUCGAUAAAUUCUUGUGCAUAAGUUUUUUAUUCAUGUACAAUUGUUGUACAGUUUUUGUGGCUUAUUUGUGUAUAACAACAACAACAACAAACAACAAACAACAACUACUACUACUAUUACUAUAACAAUAUAUAGAUUGAUCUAUUUAUGCAUAAAUGUACAUUAAACUGGACACUCACUCUCUCUCUAUCUCUCUUAUUUAAACCUAUCGUUUGAAAAUUGGCAAACUCUAUUUUAAUUAUGGUUUCGAAUUCUGGGUUUUUUGGGUUCUAUCCAAAAGUUCCCCAACAAACUUUUUUAUCCACAACAAACACACUGAAAGAUAAAAAAUAAAUAAAUUUAAAAAAAAAAAACGAACCUCUCUGAACUGAAAAGCGAACCCAACAACAGCAACAAGAACAACAGCUACGAUACCUAUUUACUGCUAUAUUGUAUGACGUAAUGUUACCCACAACCACAACAACAACAACAACAACACACGUAACUAACUUAACAGCAAAAACCAAACCAAAAUCAAGUUCGAAAUUCGAAUCACUCGUCAAAAAACUAUUGCUAUACAUACAUUUAUACAAAUAAUACUAACGAAAAAAACGAACUUAUACAUAUAUAUACACCUAUAUACAAGUAACUACAUACGCAGUAUUGUAUGUCCUUUUUGUACAGAUAACAAACGACAACAACAAGAACAACACAGAACAUAAACAAAGCCUGACAAGAAACAAACAAAACAACAACAAACAACCGUGUAUCCUAAACAAUUCCUCAGAUAACAAAAAAACAAAAUACUGUCUCGUACGACUCCCUCAUUUGUACUCCCAUUUCUACGUUUUCUCCAACUGAUUUAGGACUCCUCCUGGUCUCGUUACCAGUCUAACAUGGCUUAUCCAACAAUUGUUGUUAACUAUCGAACAAUAUAAUCAGCAAUACAGAAUUUCUUGGCACACACGUUUGACUCUCACGCAUUAGUCGCUUUUUUUGGGCAGCAACUAAAAGUGAACAUCAAAUGAAGCUAUAUAAUUUAUGUUACAAGAAAGAACCUUAUAUAUAUUAUAUAUAUAAAAGAAAUAUAUACAUAAAUAAUACUAAUAAUAAUUACGCGUAAUUUUAAUUAGUCAAAUAAGCCAAAAAAAAAUAUAAGUUACAAAAUCAACAUACAACAUCACCCAUACAGACUAAAAAAAAAAUGGUUCAUGUUUGGUGUUCCCAAAAUGGCAGCCAUCUUAGUUAAAAUCUUUAAGAAAUAGACAAGUUACUUAUGCAUUAUUUCAAGUAAUUUUAUUUAAUUAAUUUUUUAUUUUUUAUAAGUUUAAGGAGCAGAUAUAAUGUUGGUAAUAAGCCUUAAAAAAUUUGUAAUUUAAACCAUAAGCGCCUCUUUUCAAAUUUUAUCAUAAAAAGUGCUUGAAAAAAUCACUUUUUAUUAGAGAUUGCCAUUUUUUCAAACAUUUCCAAUUACUAGACGACUCUACAGAAGAUCACUGGCAAGUCACACCUUUCGUAUGAGUUCCAGCUCUGGUUUAGAGUUAUGACUUCCAUUACAGAAAGGCAGUGUCUAAAAGGCAGUAAAUUAUUUUUAUUUUUAUUUUUUUUUUGGCCUAUAAACCCGCAUCUAAACUAUUUUGUUUUCCGCAGGCGCGUACAGAAAAAUUGUAAAAAAAAAAACAAAUAUGAAAAUCAACUGUAGGAGAAACUGUAGGAAAACAGAAAAUUGCCUUAGGGUUUCAGUAGAAAUAUUAAAAAAAAAAAUGAAAAGAAAACAUAAAAGAGAAUUAACAAAUUGUUUACCUUUUAAAUCAUUUCCCUUAUCGGCGGCUUCGAGCAAAAUGUGUGACUUUGCCUUAAUAUGGGGGUGUGACAUCAACGCCUGCAUGAAACACUCUAUAAACCAAUUAUGACUACGGGUAAACACAGAUCGCCAUAAAAAUUCAAGAACCGCAAACAGUUAAGUAUUCUGUAAUCCAAGCUAGUAACCAAAUGUCGAAAAAAUAAGAAAAAACUAACAUACACACACACACUGUUGGAAGCUGUUGGAAGUAUGUGGAAUCUUUUUUGGAUGAGCAUAGCUAUUAGGCUAGUCCCCUUAGGAGAGUUAGAGAACAAAUAAAUCAAUUAAGUGCCAGUCCUCUCCCGCCCCUGCCUGCCCCCUAAUCUGCCGAAGAAUAGAUCACCGGAAACGAGCUCCAAACAAAUUCCAGCCCAAAAGGAAGAUUCCACCUACUUUGAUAUGCUUUUGCGAAAAGUCUUCAACUAAAAAUCUAAAAAUAAAAAAAAAAUUAAAACACAAAACUGUUUCAAAAUGCUAAUCGAUAAACUAUGAUUUUUAGUAAUUUAUAUAAAUUACAUAUAUACAUACAUAUACAUAGAUAAAGAUAAUUAAAAAAAUUGAAAUUAAACUAUAACUAAACAUAAAUCUAGACAGAAAACAAAUCACAAACAAGUCAACAGGGCACAGCGCUUCUUAACUAUGUUAAUUUCGAAAAGCCGAACUUUUUCUAAACCUAAACCAAAAACCAAAACCAAAACCAAAAAAAAAAAGAAAGAAAAACCAACGCUAAUCUUAAAACUAUAACUAACUUUUUAAACUAAUAUUGAAAUUGAACCCAACAAAGUGUUCAUUAAACUAAAAAAACCAAA